AUGGCCGACAGAAGGAGGAUAAAUGGCCCAGUCGGCAAUACGACGCCGCCUGUAUUCGAGAAGCCCCCAUCUCGCCCUAAAUCAAAGCCGUCAGAUUCCAUUCGCAAGAUAUUCCUGAAGACUGGCGUCACUCCCUCGGCUUCUGGGUCAGCUUAUCUUGAACUCGAGAGCCGCCCCGGUCCCAACAAGACAAGCAUAAAACUCUCAUGUACCGUUCACGGACCGCGAGCGCUUCCUCGAUCAGCACCUUUCUCUCCCCACAUCAUGCUCACAACACACGUCAAAUAUGCCCCUUUUGCAACGAGGACACGACGCGGUUACAUUCGCGACUCUAGCGAACGAGAUCUGGGAGUACAUCUAGAGACGGCACUGCGGGGUGCCAUCAUAGCGGAUCGAUGGCCUAAGAGUGGUGUGGACAUUAUUGUUACCAUCAUCGAAGGAGACCAGGAUCGCCAUGCUCCCCACAACCAGGACAGCGAUAAUUGGGAUAUGCUCAACGUCUUGGGUGCAUGUGUGACGGUGGCCUCGGCCGCAAUUGCGGAUGCAGGAAUCGAUUGCGUAGACACGGUGGCUGGUGGAGUUGCCGCUUUGGUCUCCAAGGACGAUGGCACACCACCCAGUAUCGUCGUGGAUCCCAUCGUGUCCGAGGACCAGAAAAUACUUGCAGGUUGUUGUGUAGCAUACCUGCCAACAAGAGACGAAAUUACAAACGUGUGGUUCAAGGGUCAACUACCGGGUGGAGAUAUCCUGGUCUACAACAAGAUGACGGAGAAGAGCUUGGUGGCAUGUCGAAGUGCAAACAGGGUCAUCGUUCAAGCCCUGAAUGAGACAGCAAAGAAAGGCCAGGAGGCCACUUGA